AGUGAAGAGCUGAAGAUGAGCUGAAGGGAAGAGGUUACUUGAAGCAAGAGUUGAACAACAAUUUUGCAAGAGAACAAUAAUUUUAAGUCUUUGCCGGAUUUUAGAGGCUUAUACUUCUGUGUAAAAUUUUAUACAAUGGUGGUGUGCAAAUUCUUUCAAGAAGGAUAUUGCCGCUACGGUCAAAACUGCCGAUUUGAGCAUGUUUAUGGCUCAAAAUACAGUUACCAUGCAAAUGCACCAUCCAACCAGAAUCAACCUCAGAAGCAAGCACCAGCCGGGGUAACUGACGAGCAGCUAGUCCAACAAGUCCAGAAUGAUGUCCAAUCAGUGUUAAAAGGUGGACAGUGGCUGCUCUCCUGCUACGCUCCGUUCAAGAAACCUAACUUCCCUGGGCUUACAGAGUUGUCUCCCGAGGAAACAAGGCUAAUCAUUUAUGAAGCUAAAGCUAAUAAUACUGUUGAUCAGGCUGUGGCCUGGAUUAACAACUUAACCAACGAAGCAAGAAGCAAGUAUGAACAGCUACUAACCACUUCACCGCACUUAUUACGGAGCCUCUACAACGGUGAACCCGUGCCGUCACCAUUCACUACCGGGCAAACACCUCAAAACGUCUUCGGGCAAGCUAACAAUGCAUCUUCAGUAUUUCGCAGCGCUGUACAAGAUACAGCAAAAUCUAUAUUUUCUCAAGCAUCACAGAAUGUUUUUGGAUUGCCGCCAGCACAAAACCAAAGUAUGUUUGGUGUGCCAACACAAAAUCAAAGUCCAUUCGGUGCACAGACACAAAAUCAAAGUCCAUUCAGUGCGCAACAAGCACAGAGUCAAAGUCCUUUUGGUGCACAGAAUGUCUUUGGUAGUCCAACUGCACAGUCCAUCUUUGCACAGGCUAACAGUUCCGUAGACCCGGCAAAAUCUUUAUUUGCUCAAGCUAACAGUCCAUUAGACCCAAAGUCUCUCUUCGCUCAAGCCACUGCUCAAAGUCCAUUUGGAUCUGCCCCCGCCUCGACAUUCAAAAGCCCGUUCGAACAACCGUCUCCUUUUUCUCAAACUAACGCUCCUACAAGCGUAUUUGGCCAAGCGAAUGUUUUUCAACAGACGCACGAUGAUCCUGCAGUGUACAGUAAUAUAAAUGACUUGUCCCCUGAGGACUUACAAAGGUUUAGUGAAGGCAGUUUUAAAUUAGGCUUUAUACCAGAGAUGCCUCCACCAUAUGCUUUAUGCGUUUGAGUUAAGAAAUUCUGAACUCAAACGCAUGAAACAUGUGGUGUAGAUAUGGGCUGAAUAUUCGGUAAUUAUUACAGAUGAACCGAAUAAUUCGGUUCGGUAAGGUCUGAACCGAACAUUCGGUCGAAUAUUCGUAUUCGGCAAACUCCAUAUUCGGCCCAUCCCUAUUAAGAAAAUACAUAGUAAUACAUACAAGUAAAUAAAAAUGCACUGUGAUAGAUUUAAUUUAGUUAUCGUAUGACAUUACAGUUACCGGAAUCAAAAUUUGGAUUUGGUGUUUUGUAAUAAAUCUGUUUAAGAAUUUAA